AGGGCGUCUCUGAAGAUUCAUGUUACGUGGUAGUUCAAUGUUAUGGAAGUGGUUCUACCCAGAGACUUAGCCCACACCUUUGCGAGCCGCCUAAACGAUAUCCAGGAACAAGUUGAGAUAAGUUGAAAACCUCUUCAAAACAACACUACGUUAUUCAGAUCAGUCCCAGCAACAGCUUGCAAAGAAGCCAGCAUGGGGCAAAAGAUACCCCAAGCCACGUCAAAGGGGACAACAAACUGCAGAAUCUACUGGUAGUCUCAUCCCGACGCAGACUAGAUCUGUUGAACAGGUACAUCGGAUGGGAGACGAUGGCGUCCAACACCUGGUCACAUCUUCAAGGCAGCAACAACCAGAACAGCAGGCAGCAACAGUAGCAACUACAGAGCUGGGAGACGUGAAUGUCGCCAUUGGCUCUGGAGGUGGAACCAUGUCUUCAGAAGACACAGAAUGGAAACUAGAAUCGACUCGGGAAGUAUUCGUGAAGACUAACAGUUUCAACCAGGUGGAGUCAAAGCUGAUUGAACAUGGACAUGUGACUAUCACGGGCGCCUCAGGAGAAGGAAGACAAGCAUGGCGCUGAUGCUGGGUGCUAAGUACAAGAAGAAAGGCUUUCAAUUGGUAUUUGUUGACAAUAUUGAUAAGUUUGAUCUUGCUGUCUGCGUCAAAGAUGGACAACCACUGUUCAUCGUUUUUGAUGAUUUGUUUGGAACCGGUUCAUCUGCAGAGAUUUCAAACCUUAGAAAGGUUCUGACAUCACUGGACGAAUUCAUCAAACACUUGACUCGGUCUUCUGAAAAGAAAAAAGAAGAAGGCACGACAGAAAAUGGAGACAGGAAAUGAUCACGCACUAAAACUUAGAGAUGUCAGACCAGAUCAUGACAUACUUCCACAACUAAAGGAGAAACAACAUUUAAACCUAUACAUUGUGUUCACGAGUAAAUCAUACAACUUUCAAGAAGUAGUACCUCGGCUAGGAGGACAGCAGUUUAAUUUCUUCAAGCCACAGACUGUUGUUGAUGUGACUAAAACUCCUCUCUAUCAAUAUUCUGUGGCCGAAAAAAAGGCAAUAUUCAGAAAGCACCAACAGAGAAACGGGCAGAGCGUACGGGUUGAUCUAGACCAGAUAUGCAACUCCAAAGAUAGUUUGUUUGGCUUUCCUAUGACAUGUUCCCUGUAUAGUAGCUUGCCUGAUUUCCAGAGUAAUCCUCUUCAAUUUUUCCUUAGGCCCCUGACCUACUUGCGUCAAGAAAUUGAUAUGAUCAUGGGAUCCAAACAAAAGAUAUCAGCGGCUCUUAUACUCAUGGUCCUUUACAAUGAUAAGCUUGAUCUGAGAAAGUUGGAGAAGAAAUCUGAUGACCAGCGUCUUGAGACAAAACUGCAAGCUGUGGAAACUAUUCUCCCAGGAAUCACUAGGGCAGACAUCUACGAAUCUGCUAAAAGACUAAGAGGAACAUUUCUUCUUGAAGGAGAUACAACAGCAUUUUCACAUCCAUCCAUACUUGAUGCAUGCCUAUGCUCUGUUUUUGAUCUCCAUCCAACUCUUGUUCUUACCAACUGUAGUAUGCAGUUCCUGUAUGAAAGGGUGAACCCCCACCCAUUAGCCACAACAGAAAUAGACAACUAUACUAACAUCAUCUUUGUGUCAGAAAACUACUAUGGUAUAAUAGCUGCAAGAAUAGCAGAAUCAGUAUUAAUAGGAGAAUAUAGAUGGUCAAUUUCCCAUCCACUGCUACAAAAUGAAUCGCUUGCAAAGAAAGUUCUUGAAAAUGAGAAGUUUAAAGAGUGGGUUAAGACAACUGAUUUUCGUUCUCCGGAUUGUGAUGAUAAAUAUUUCAUCUACUGGGCAGUACUCUCAAAGAGUGAAUACGUAGUGAGGUCCGUCAUAAAGCUUAGAGAUAACAUUUUCUCAGGGAACGAAAUCAAAGCAGCUCUUGAUGCAUCGAUAUUGGGUGGCAGAAUGGCAAUUAUGGAGGUAUUGUUCACUGCGUUUGAAGACAAGAUACCUCAAAACACUGUUUCUGAAUUGUUUCUUGAAGCUGCAGAACGUGAACACAUUGAAAUGGUAACGUUUCUACUGCAGAAAGGGGCUGACAUUGCUAACACUAAUGCAAACAAAGACAACAUUUUACAUGUCGCAUUGAGAAGAAAAAAUAUGCGGAUAAUAAACGUUGCACUACAGUUCAUGAAAGAACUGAGCCUUGUGAACGAUCGAAACAGGAAAGGGACGACCCCCGUCAUGUUGGCAGCUCUGUAUGGUCAAAAAGACGUUUUUGACUUACUGGUGUCCAAUGCAGCUGAUCUCACCCUGGCUGAUGACGAAGAUGAAGGUGUGUUACAUUAUGCUUGUCAAGGUGGUAACAUGUCUAUUGUUCAACACCUCAUCAGAGUUUGUGAUAUUAACAAGAGAAGGCGUGAUGGUCGGACCCCAGUCAUGGUGGCAGCUGUGUGUGGUCAAAAAGACGUUUUUGACUUACUGAUGUCCAAUGCAGCUGAUCUCACCCUGGCUGAUGACGAAGAUGAAGGUGUGUUACAUUAUGCUUGUCAAGGUGGUAACAUGUCUAUUGUUCAACACCUCAUCAGAGUUUGUGAUAUUAACAAGAGAAGGCGUGAUGGUCGGACCCCAGUCAUGGUGGCAGCCCUGUGUGGUCAAAAAGACGUUUUUGACUUACUGGUGUCCAAUGCAGCUGAUCUCACACUGGUUGAUGACGAAGAUGGAGGAGUGUUACAUUAUGCUUGUGAAGGUGGUAACACGUCUAUUAUUCGACACCUUAUCACAGUAUGUGACAUUAACAAGAAAGGGCGUGUAGGUCGGACCCCAGUCAUGCUGGCAGCUCUGUGUGGUCAAAAAGACGUUUUUGACUUACUGGUGUCCAAUGCAGCUGAUCUCACCCUGGUUGAUGACGAAGAUGAAGGUGUGUUACAUUAUGCUUGUGAAGGUGGUAACACGUCUAUUGUUCAACACCUUAUCACAGUAUGUGACAUUAACAAGAAAGGGCGUGGUGGUCGGACCCCAGUCAUGGUGGCAGCUCUGUAUGGUCAAAAAGACGUUUUUGACUUACUGGUGUCCAAUGCAGCUGAUCUCACACUGGCUGAUGAUAAAGAUGAAGGUGUGUUACAUUAUGCUUGUCAAGGUGGUAACACGUCUAUUAUUCGACACCUCAUCAGAGUUUGUGAUAUUAACAAGAGAGGGCGUGAUGGUCGGACCCCAGUCAUGUUUGCAGCUCUGUGUGGUCAAAAAGACGUUUUUGACUUACUGAUGUCCAAUGCAGCUGAUCUCACCCUGGCUGAUGACGAAGAUGAAGGUGUGUUACAUUAUGCUUGUCAAGGUGGUAACAUGUCUAUUGUUCAACACCUCAUCAGAGUUUGUGAUAUUAACAAGAGAAGGCGUGAUGGUCGGACCCCAGUCAUGGUGGCAGCCCUGUGUGGUCAAAAAGACGUUUUUGACUUACUGGUGUCCAAUGCAGCUGAUCUCACACUGGUUGAUGACGAAGAUGGAGGAGUGUUACAUUAUGCUUGUCAAGGUGGUAACACGUCUAUUAUUCGACACCUCAUCAGAGUUUGUGAUAUUAACAAGAGAGGGCGUGAUGGUCGGACCCCAGUCAUGUUUGCAGCUCUGUGUGGUCAAAAAGACGUUUUUGACUUACUGAUGUCCAAUGCAGCUGAUCUCACACUGGUUGAUGAUAAAGAUGAAGAUGUGUUGAAUUAUGCUUGUGAAGGUGGUAACACGUCUAUUGUUCAACACCUCAUCACAGUAUGUGACAUUAACAAGAAAGGGCGUGAUGGUCGGACCCCAGUCAUGGUGGCAGCUGUGUGUGGUCAAAAAGACGUUUUUGACUUACUGAUGUCCAAUGCAGCUGAUCUCACCCUGGCUGAUGACGAAGAUGAAGGUGUGUUACAUUAUGCUUGUCAAGGUGGUAACAUGUCUAUUGUUCAACACCUCAUCAGAGUUUGUGAUAUUAACAAGAGAAGGCGUGAUGGUCGGACCCCAGUCAUGGUGGCAGCCCUGUGUGGUCAAAAAGACGUUUUUGACUUACUGAUGGCCAAUGCAACUGAUCUCACCCUGGUUGAUGAUGAGUAUAACAGUGUGUUACAUUAUGCUUGUGAAGGUGGUAACACGUCUAUUGUUCAACACCUCAUCACAGUAUGUGACAUUAACAAGAAAGGGCGUGAUGGUCGGACCCCAGUCAUGGUGGCAGCUGUGUGUGGUCAAAAAGACGUUUUUGACUUACUGGUGUCCAAUGCAGCUGAUCUCACACUGGUUGAUGACGAAGAUGAAGGUGUGUUACAUGAUGCUUGUGAAGGUGGUAACACGUCUAUUGUUCAACACCUUAUCACAGUAUGUGACAUUAACAAGAGAAGGCGUGAUGGUCGGACCCCAGUCAUGCUGGCAGCUCUGUAUGGUCAAAAAGACGUUUUUGACUUACUGGUGUCCAAUGCAGCUGAUCUCACACUGGUUGAUGAUAAAGAUGAAGGUGUGUUGAAUUAUGCUUGUCAAGGUGGUAACACGUCUAUUGUUCAACACCUCAUCACAGUAUGUGACAUUAACAAGAAAGGGCGUGAUGGUCGGACCCCAGUCAUGCUGGCAGCUCUGUAUGGUCAAAAAGACGUUUUUGACUUACUGGUGUCCAAUGCAGCUGAUCUCACACUGGUUGAUGAUAAAGAUGAAGGUGUGUUGAAUUAUGCUUGUCAAGGUGGUAACACGUCUAUUGUUCAACACCUCAUCACAGUAUGUGACAUUUACAAGAAAGGGCGUAAUGGUCGGACCCCAGUCAUGGUGGCAGCCCUGUGUGGUCAAAAAGACGUUUUUGACUUACUGAUGGCCAAUGCAGCUGAUCUCACCCUGGUUGAUGAUAAGUAUGACAGUGUGUUACAUUAUGCUUGUCAAGGUGGUAACACGUCUAUUAUUCGACACCUCAUCAGAGUUUGUGAUAUUAACAAGAGAGGGCGUGAUGGUCGGACCCCAGUCAUGCGCGCAGCUCUGUGUGGUCAAAAAGACGUUUUUGACUUACUGAUGUCCAAUGCAGCUGAUCUCACCCUGGCUGAUGAUAAAGAUGAAGGUGUGUUACAUUAUGCUUGUCAAGGUGGUAACAUGUCUAUUGUUCAACACCUCAUCAGAGUUUGUGAUAUUAACAAGAGAGGGCAUGAUGGUCGGACCCCAGUCAUGCGCGCAGCUGUGUGUGGUCAAAAAGACGUUUUUGAGUUACUGAUGUCAAAUGCAGCUGAUCUCACCCUGGUUGAUGAUGAGUAUGACAGUGUGUUACAUUAUGCUUGUCAAGGUGGUAACACGUCUAUUAUUCGACACAUAAUCAGAGUUUGUGAUAUAAACAAGAGAGGGCAUGAUGGUCGGACCCCAGUCAUGCGCGCAGCUCUGUGUGGUCAAAAAGACGUUUUUGAGUUGCUGAUGUCCAAUGCAGCUGAUCUCACCCUGGUUGAUGAUGAAGAUAAAGGUGUUUUACAUUAUGCUAUUGAGGGUGGUAACAAUUCUAUUGUUCAACGCCUUCAUCAAGGUUUGUGAUAUUAAGAGCAGGGGCGUGGUGGUCUCACAACUGAUGACGAAGAUGACGGAGUGUUACAUUACACUUGUGUAGGUGCUAACGGGUCUAUUGUUCAACACUUUCUCACAAAAUGUGACAUCAGCAAGAAAGGGCGCGAUGGUCUGACCCCAGUCAUGGUGGCAACUCUGUGUGGUCAAAAAGACGUUUUUGACUUACUGUUGUCCAGUGCAGCUGAUCUGACAUGAAGAUGACAGUGUAUUACAUUAUGCUAUUGAGAGUUGUAGCAUUUCUGUUGUUUAACACCUUCAUCAAGGUUUGUGAUAUUAACAAGAGAAAGCGUGAUGGUCGGAUCCAAGUCAUGAUGGCAGCUCUGUGUGGUCAAAAAACGUUUUUGACUUAUUUGUGUCUUACGAAGCUGGUAUCAUUUUAACUGGCAACGGUAAUACUAGUGUCUUGGUUGCAAUGCGUCUAUUCUGACAUUAAAAUAAGAGAGCAGGGUAGGACUGUGACCUAGAGCCAGUUGUUGUCAGAAGGAUGAGUAUGAUUUGUAAUCAACAAAGCUUCGUCGGGACCAUUCUUUGAAAUGCAAGAUCUGGAAAGACAAUAUUUUCUCUUGCUAGACGAAAACUACAGCAGGGCACGAUUUUGACCUGUAACGGGACGGUCACCCACUUUUGCCUUCACGCCAAUGAGGCAGCCAUAUUCGGUUGGUUUAUCCAAGAGGUCAACUUGGUGGCAGAACGGUAGGCAACCAGUCCAGGAAACAGAAGACUUGCUUGGCCUUAUGUGCCAAUAACAUGGAGAGAAGUUGAGGAAGAAAGUUUCAGAAUGAAAUUGGGAAAUGUUGGAAGAUAAAAUUUCCAGAAAAGCAUUACCAAGUCUAACAAACCAUUGUAUUUGCAAUGGUUAAAAGCCUUGUAAAUAGCAUUUGAUUACCAUUUAGCUUGAUCAUGUUUAAAUGUAUAUUAAAUAGUUGUGCUGUAUAUCCGUUUGUUUGAACAUUAAUGGCAAUACUUACAUCCACAGGUAGCAUUGUUGUAUUGUUGUUGUGAGCAUAAUGGUAACACAGCAGUGCACGUUUUGUCUAUAUCUCCUGAGUGUAGUGUUGGACGGUAUGUAAGUCGUAAUGCCAAAAUUGAUGAGAUCAGGUGGAGUGAAGGGCUUCUCUUCUCUUGGCAGUCACUGGGGAAACUACUUCCCAAUCUCGAGUGGUGGAUGUUAUUUUGGUAGACAACAUUGUGUAGUAUAGAUCAUCGUGAGUGUACUUCUUGGUUCGGUCAGGCAUCUUUUGCAGUCCUGUGGCCUCAUGAAUAAUAAUAACAGAACCACUAGUUGAUGUGCCCUGGGCCAAAUUGUUAAUUUUAUAAACAAAAUAAAAAUAUACCCGGUUACAGAAAAAUGACUUAGUGGAGAAGUAACAUUAAAUUAAAUGCUUAGGGGGAAUUCUUUCAUCCGUCUGUUAUAAGCAAAAUGUGAAAAUUAUUUCAUUUGUAUGAGGCUACUUAUUCCACAUCUAAAAAAUUGAAUCAUUUUUUUCAUGCAUCUAAAAUUGUUUUGUUUGCCUUAUUAGUCGCAUGUAUUAAGGAUUACUUUGUGUAUGUCAUUGAUAAAAUUAUUUAGAUGAUUAUUGGUUAGAUGUACCAACUUCUUGUAAAUGCAGUUGAUAUUGGUUAUGUCGAUGCUCGAUUAUAUGUUAAAUACCAGUUCAUGUAUGGUUGUUCCAAGAAUACUAUCAAUCUGUUAUAUAAUGCCCUUGGACCAGGCAGGUGUCUGCACAUCUGAGACAGAUGGUUAUGUUAAACUGAAUGUUCCGGGGAGAUGUCUUCAUUAGGGUGCUUGCUCAACGUCUGAUUCAGAUGGAAUAUUGUGGAAGGCUACAGAAGGACUUGAUCACAACCAAGUACCAUCAUCAACUGGGAUGAGAGAGUGAUGUGAGACUUGGGUGUGGGGAUACGCCUGUAGUGACAGAUAUAUCAUUACUGUGGACUCUGUUGACCUGUGACUUUGGCGACAUACUUGGACGUCCCUCGUGUGUUAAUAUGAACAUUCAGAACAGUCGCGCCAAAGCGCUGUGUAUGGUGUAUUCUUUAAUGUAUAGAGCCAUGUGAUUAUAUGGAUACUGUAGUGAUGUGAACAAUCCCAUUCUGUUAUAUA